AUGCAGUAUGACGCCAGACAUUCGGGCCUAUUCGCUGAUACGAAGAAAUUUAGGCCUACAUGGCUGCAAACAUCCCUAAAGUGGACAGCCUGGGAGGGUAUAUCAUCGCUCCAUCAUGGUGUUUGCCAGCUUGGCCGGUUUUACGAUAUUGGCAUUGAGUAA